AUGGAUGUCUGUGAGCCAAUCCAGCCCAAACGAAUAUGGUGCGACAAACAGCAGGAGCCGGUCGGUAUGGAUGAAGGGCCUAUACAGUUAAGGGAAGACGAACAUCUUGAUUACUGUUGGGCCACGGAAGCGCAAAUUCGCGAUUCGCCUCCAUACGACGAAAAGAACCCUCAGCGCCGCCAAAGAGGGCUUGUUAUGCUCAAGAGCAAGAAGGAGAUAAUUGUUGAUGCAUUCAAACAGUUGAAGAAUUCUCAACUUGAUAUGACAUAUGGUUUAUGGUGA